AUGGCGCGGCGCGGCGAGGCCAGGCCAGGCGCUUGUGUCCAGCCGCCGCACCCGCCCGCUCCCGCGUCAGGCCGCGGCCGCCGCGCCGCUUUCCCGCUGCGACAGCCGUGCCCGCGUCUGCCACGCCCGCCGUCGCGCCCGCGUCCUGCCGCGCCCGCCGCGCCCCCGUCCUGCCGCGCCCGCCUUCGCGCCCGCCGCGCCCCAUUCUUGCCGCAGCCAACGCGCCCGCGUCCUGCCGCUCAUGCCGCGCCCCAUUCCUGCCGCAGCCAACGCGUCCGCGUCCUACUGCUCAUGUCGCGCCCGCCUUCGCGCCCGCGUCCUGCCACCGCCCGCCUGCACGUAGCUCGCGUCGCCUGCCCACGCGCGCGUCCCAGCGGAUGCGAACUACGGCGGAUGCGAACUACGGUCGGGAGCUCGAGAUCUACGGCGGAUGCGAACUGCGGACGCUGUCGGGGGAGAGGCGUUGCAGCGGACGGAGGAGGGCGCGCGGCGCGGGGAGGAGGAGGCUCGCGACGCGGGGACCCCGAGAGCGUCGAGCGGUGCGGGGCAGGGGCGCUCGAGCGGGGCGGAGCACAGGCGCCCAAGCUCGGCGGCGAGCGGGGUGGAGCACAGGCACCCAAGCUCCGCGGCAAGCAGGGCGGAGCACAGGCGCCAAAGCUCGGCGGCGAGCGGCGCGAAGCUAGGAACCCCGAGAGCGGCGAGCGGGAUGGAGCAUGGGCGGCAAGCGGUGUGGAGCAGGGGCAGACACUAGCGAUGGAUCCCUCAUUCGUGAGUGCGGCGGGAAAAGGGGAGAAGGGAAAGAAAGAGUAUCCGUUGUAG